CUUCUUCAUCAUCAACUUUCUGCCCGCUUACCCUCAUCUCUAUAUAUAACCUCUCUGCAUUCUUCUCAAACCAUCUACCUCAUUCCCAUAUCCAAAAGCCUAAAAAACACAUCUUUUAAUUUAUUUGUAUCAGCACAUAUGAAGAAGUCUUCUUCUGCAAGAGUUUCAAUGUCCCUGUUUCUCCAGCUCUCAGUUCUUCUGACUUCCGUCGUCCUCUCAGCCUCCGCCGGCAACUUCUUCCAGGAUGUGCAGGCCACGUACGGCGGCGAACGAGUUAAAAUGCAGGAGGGCGGCAGACUUCUGGACUUGACUUUGGAUCAGGUCUCCGGGUCCGGGUUUCAAACCAAGAACGAGUUUUUGUUCGGGAGAUUCGACGUCCGGCUCAAGCUUGUCCCCGGAAACUCUGCCGGAACUGUCACCACCUUUUAUUUGUCGUCUCUAGGAAACAUGCAUGAUGAGAUUGAUUUCGAAUUCUUGGGGAAUUCUUCGGGUCAGCCAUACACAAUCCACACCAAUGUUUACUCUCAAGGAAAGGGCAACAAAGAGCAACAAUUCCAGCCCUGGUUCGACCCUUCCGCUAACUUCCACACCUACUCUGUAGUUUGGAAUCCCCAACGCAUCAUGUAAGCAUAACUGCAUAAACAAUUAAUACUCCUUAGUCCUUACUAAAGUGCCAAAAAUCUCUAAGUCCUGGAAUUGCUUAGUGACUAUUGAAAUGUUGGUUUCAACUUGAAUUGAUAUUAUAAUUACAGAUUCUCUAUUGAUAACAUUCCGAUAAGAGUGUUCACCAACAAUGAAGCGAUGGGUGUGCCGUUCCCAAAGAAUCAGCCGAUGAAGGUUUACGCCAGCCUGUGGAAUGCAGAUGACUGGGCUACGCAGGGCGGGCGGGUCAAGACAGAUUGGUCUAAGGCUCCAUUUUCGGCUUCAUACCGGGACUUCAACGCCAAUGCCUGUGUCUGGUCUGGUCAGUCGUCGAGCUGCGGUUCGACGCAGACAACAUCAACGGGCGGGCAGGAAUGGCAGAGUCAAGAUCUUGAUGGCAAUGGCAGAAACAGGCUGCGAUGGGUGCAACAGAAGUUCAUGAUUUACAACUACUGUACUGAUUUGAAGAGGUUCCCACAGGGUCUGCCUCCUGAAUGCAAGCGUCAGAGGUCUUGAUGUGCAUUUCUAGUCGAGUUCGGAUUAUGAUCAGCUAGUUCUAUAUGUUCUUUCUACGUGUUUAUUUAAUUAUUCCCUGGGAAAAGUUUUUAAUGUGUAGAAUACUGGAAUUCCUUAUUCUUUUUGUAAGUAUUUGUGGAUUAAUAAAAGUGCAGUUACAUUACCUGAUUGUCUUGUUUUCCAUUGGAUUAAGGCUUUGUUUGCAAGUGCUUGUGUUUAAAUAAAAGCACUUUUUGUGAAAAAGUGAUUAGUAGUAAAAGUUGGUAGUGUUUGGUAAAAUAAGUGUUUUUUGUGUAAUACGAUAGAAAAAAUAAAAAAUAGAUUCUACCUGAAAACUGAGAAAAUAAAGGUUGGUAGUGUUUUGUAAAAUAAG